AUGGGCUUCAGUCUCCACACACCCGGGUUCCUGGAGCUGCUGGAACAAGUAUUCUCAACUGGGUGGCUCAAAACAACAGUGGUGGUCUCGGCUCUGGAGGCCGGAAGGCUCGAGUGCAGGUGUUGGGCAGCCAAGCUCCCUGGGGCCUACGGGAAGACCCCGGCCCCGGCCCCGACUCCCGCUCGCACACUGGCCUCCGCACUGCACCUCCGCGCCCCGGUGGCCCCCGCGUCCACCGAAGGCUUGGCGACGCGCAGUCGCGUGCAGCUGCUGCAGACGGUGGACACGGAGUACACGGCGGACUCGGUGGAGUGGUGCCCGCUGGAGGGCUGCCGGCGCGUGCUGGCCUGCGGCACCUACCAGCUGCGGGAGCCCGAGAGCCAGAGUGACCCGGCAGCUGCUGAGCCUCAGACCCGUCUAGGCCGCCUCUACCUGUACAGCUGCAGUGAGGACCUCUCUGCUUGCUCCCUGGCCGAGAUCCAAAGAAGAGACACUUAUGCCAUCCUGGACAUGAAAUGGUGCCAUAUCCCGGUGGCCGGCCAUGCCCUCCUGGGUGUGGCAAAUGCUGGCGGGUUCAUAGAGCUGUUUCAGCUCGCGGGAUGCAAGGAGAGCACACACACCCUGCAGCCAUUUGGCAGCUGUGCCCUGGACAAGCAGUGUCUGGCCUUAUCCCUGGACUGGUCCACUGGGAAAGCUGGAAGGGCCAGUGACCAGCCCUUGAAAAUCAUCAGCAGUGACUCCAAGGGGCAGCUGCACCUGCUGAAGGUGGACGCAGGGCCUGGGCUGCAGAGUGUGGCCACAUGGCAGGCCCAUCACUUUGAGGCCUGGAUUGCGGCUUUCAAUUACUGGCAGACAGAAGUCGUGUAUUCAGGUGGGGACGACGGCCUGCUGAAGGGCUGGGAUACCAGGACACUUGACACACCUGUGUUCUCUAGCAAGAGACACUGCAUGGGUGUGUGCAGCAUCCAGAGCAGCCCCCACCAGGACGGCAUCCUGGCCACCGGGAGCUAUGAUGAGCAUGUUCUGCUGUGGGACACUCGGAACAUGGAACAGCCAUUUGCGGACGUGCCCAUGCAGGGCGGGGUGUGGAGGCUCAGGUGGCACCCCUUGCACAGCCACCUGCUCCUGGCAGCCUGCAUGCAGGGCGGUUUCUGGAUCCUCGACUGCAAGAAGGCAGUGGAGGAGAAGCAGGACAUGUGCACAGUCUCUGUGUCCCACAGGAUGCCCAGCUCACUAGUGUAUGGAGCCGACUGGUCUUGGCUCACCUGCCAUCUCCCACAGACCCAGCAGUCGCUCUUUGUGGGGUCUGUUUCCUGCACCGACCCAGGAUCCAGAGCAGGUGUGGAGGUUGCACCCCAGUCGCCAGGACCCCAUUUAGCAGACGACAAUGGCAAGGGUUAUACCAAGGUCCUUAGUGGAAGUAGGGAAAGGACUUGCCAGCUGUCCACGGAGGUCGCGAAGAACAGCAGCCAGCUAUACUCCCCGGGGACUAAGGUCUGUGACAGUGGCCAGAAUGUGGAAGCCACAGACAUUGCCAUCAGCCUCCUGGCCACCUGCUCCUUUUAUGACCACGCUCUUCACCUCUGGAAGUGGGGGAGAGCUGAGCGCCAUGUGAAGUCAUAAAGACCACGUCUGUGAGUGAACUGCCUCAGACCAGCUCGCUGGGAUUCCUACUAGUCUCUGAAGCUUCCAGUGUAGGGCUCAGUGCAUCUUAUGGACUCUACAGUGUAGAUGGUCAGGAAAGCUAUUGGUUCCUCUUAAGUAAACUGUAUCCGCUGGGCCCUUCAAGUGGCGAUUCUGGCAGGGAGGUGCUGGUGGGGGACCUCGCCCAGCCUUCAAACUUGUCUGUUUUAUGUGGAUUUGACUUUCAGUUCUCCACACUUACUUAAGCAAUAUUUGUUAACUGAAUGAAGUUUUUUUAAAGCUG